CGCUUCUUGCCUUCAUCCAAGACGGCACCACAACGCUUUAGUUUUUCGGCUUGCAUUUAAAGAUUUGGGCUGUUUUCCUUACAGCCUUUCAAAAAAUACCAAAAGAGCGCGACAUAGAGCAGGAGGAAAAAAAUAUGGUAACCCACAGACUGUUGUUGACAGAAGGAAGAAAACUCUAACUGCUCACAAACACUUCUUGUCAGGAUGCAGUUCCUACAGAUCCUGUCCAGGAAGCCAGGGAGCCUGGAAGUGCUUUUGCAAAUACCAUUUUGUCAAAAGCAAUUCCCAUACACGUGUCUGUCUACCUCUGCAUGUGUUUAUAGCAAAAAGAAAAAAGGAAACAGUUAUGAUCAAGUUGACCAAGAAAAAUACAAGAACUUGGUCCACUCUGUUACAUCUUACAAAACCAGUGCCCAAACACCAGAGACAAUACUUGAGGAAGACAAUUUGUUAUAUGGGCCACCAGCUAAACACACACCUCCAGUUAAAGCUGGGACAAGAACUCCCAAGAACUGGGUUCCUUUAAUAAACCCCAGCAAGAGAAUUCUUCCUGUCAGCAGUGAUUCAAACGUGCCCAUGAAAAUCGGGUUGCAAAGAACAAAGAUGCCCAGUGUUACCCGCAUCCUUCAACAAACCCUCUCUCCUCAGCAAAUUUUCUAUCUGGAAAGAUGGAAGCAGAAAAUGAUAGAGGAGCUUGGAAAAGAGGGAUUCGAAGAGUACACCAAAAAUCUUUUUCUUCAAGGAGAGCUCUUCCAUUCAGCUUUGGAAUCGAUAUUCCUGUCUGAAGAGACAGCAGCUAGGGACCAGGGUGAAGCUGAUGUCGUGGCUGGCUACUUAUCCAGUGUGGAACAUGUUUUGGAAGACAUCAGCGAGGUGAAGGCUCUGGAAAGUGGAGUUCACCACGAGACCCUGCAGUACCUGGGCCUGGUCGACUGCGUGGCCAAGUAUCGGGGCCGACUGUGUGUGAUCGACUGGAAAACUUCAGAGAAGCCAAAGCCAUUUCUGCAGAAUACUUAUGACAACCCGUUACAGGUUGCAGCAUAUAUUGGAGCCAUAAAUCAUGAUGCCAAUUAUGACUUCCAGGUUCGCUGUGGGCUCAUUGUGGUUGCCUACAAGGACGGCUCUCCGGCACAUCCGCAUUUCAUGGAUCCUGACCUGUGCUCUCAGUACUGGAAUAAGUGGCUCUUGCGCCUGGAGGAGUACAAGGACAAAAACUGACCCAGACUAAGCACAAGCAAGUGGCCAGAGACAAAGGAAGAACCUUUUGUUUAAAUGUACCACUUUCAUGUUCUUAUUUGAGUGACUUGGGCUAAUUUUUUACUAGCAGGGCUCCCCUCUCUCCCCUUCCAAAAAGGCAAGUAACUUUCAAAUGGGGAAUAUCUAUUUCCUUAUAUUGUAGGUGACCUCAGUGGUCCAGGCAGAAAAAACCCCAACUUAUUUGGCUUCUCUUUUUUAUCCCACACAGUUUAUACAGCCUGGGGUUGAUAGAAGUUUAUACUAUCAAGUAAAACUGCUUGAUCAUCUUUCUUUUGUGAUUUUUGAGAAAAAAAAAAAAGUUGCAGAACUACAUCUUUAAAAAUUAAGUUGGUGAACUAAAGCAAAACAGUAUCUGUGAUGUAUGAGCUGAGAGAAAUGCAAAUGAUUAAGAAGUGGAUAUAGCAGACUGGGUUUCAGUCAGUUCUUGCUCAUGCCAUCAUCAGGCUUGUUCUUAUUUGUGGUUUUUCUUACAGCUACAAAACCUGGGCUGAGAGUUACAAUGAAAGUCCUCAUUAGUUCUUAUUUAGAAUAGUACAGCAAAGUGGCCACUUAGCAGAAGUGGCUCAGCAAGAGAGGAGCAGAACUGGAGCCAAUUGGAGCCAACUCCCAGGAAUUUCCAGUGAGCGUUGAGAAGUGGGAAUGUUGGCUGCUGCAAGUGGCUCCUCCUGCAGGUUUUUUAACACCCAGCCCCCAUGGGAUGUGGGAUGGGCUGUGUGCUGCCACUGCCUUGGGCUCUCCUGACUCUGCUGUGGGCCUGAGCCAACAAGGAGCCCACCACAGUGCCAUGUGAGUGAGUUUCUGUAUCAAAGCAGGCCUGUGGCUGUGAAGCAGAGCCUUCUGAGGGGUGAAGAGCUGCUGGUUGGGUUUUGGGGGCUGUUUUUUAUGGGUUUCUCUUUGUUUUUUGUUGUUUUGGGGUUUUUUUCCAAAUAAGUUUGUGAAUAAAUGUUUUGAAACGUAAUUUUUACUUUUGAAGCAUAUAAAAUCAAGUCUGUAAAGCAGAGAAUAAGCCUUGAUCAUGUUAGGCAGUAUUGUUCUGGAAAGUUUUUUUCCUCAUUCUCUUUGUCUUCUGUGAAUUGUAUGUGUGAGUUUUCACAAUAACA